GCGGUAGGUCAGUCGUCAGUCUGUCGUCGAGAUCCUUACCAGAUGCUUGUCUGCCUGCCGUGUGCUGCUCCCGGGUUGAAUCCGAGUGAAAUCCGUGUUCCGUGAAAUCCUUCUUUGGUAGGGUAGGGGGCAGAAAAAUAAAAAUUUAUUAAAACGUGUGUUACUUCUUUUGCGAAAUGGAGACUAUCGCUAGAAAAAGUGUGAUAUAGUUACCGGGGUGCUUUGAUGAUUUUUAAGGAUUUAUUGACAAAAAUUUCUUGACUAUUUUUUCUGCUCUAUUCGUGGUGCUAGUGAUUGAUAAGGUUCAGUAUUGGGUCUUGGUGGCUCCAGAGGGAUUUGGCAAUUUUCGUUGGUGGAGUCUCGGCAGGAAUGGAAAACCGGGUGGGUUGGUGAAAUUGAAAUCGGAUUUCUUGGUUUUUUCUGCCUGCCCUUUCGCGCCCAUCACUCCUGGGAGAAAAGUCCAACUCGAGGACGCUCGAGGAUAAACUUUCAAGGAUUCCCUUCUCUGGAUUAGCCGGACUGACUGGAUUCAUCGGGAACAUCGGGAAGGCAGCAGCUGGAGCACAAGAGCACGGGGGUCAGCAGCAGCACCAGCAAAAGAAGGCGGCUCGUCGUCGUCGUCUUCGUCGUAUUUCCGUUGCCGUUUGCCGUAGUCAUCGUCUCCAUCGCUUCCUGGACUCUAUUGCUGGCGGUGGUGCAGAAGGAGACCCCGGCCAUCUUCUUUUUCUACUGAGCUACCACCGGAUAUAGCAAAACAACAACCUUGAGGAGGCGGGAAAACGGGUUCGCAAUCACACAACCCCCAAACCACCCUCAAUAAGCCCCCACCCAUUCGGUGGAGCAGCUGCUGGUGGUCCAGUUUAGUUGAAAGAACUGCAACACAAAAGAUCCGAUUAGAGUUGGGUCCUUCCUUCCUUAGUCGGGUUCGUUUUCUCGGUUCUCUAAAAAGGAAGCUAGGUUAGAGUGACCCCAAAGUAAAAGUUGGGGAGUGGAGAAAACGGUCUCAUUUAACUACCAGUUUUUUCUCUGCAAAUCGGACGGAAUCGGACGGAAAAUGUGCCACUUUCUGCGACGGUCAGUGCGGUGCCAACCAGCCCCGGUUUGUGGAUUGCGCCUGAAAGUAGGCAAAAGCUGGCAGGAAGGGUCCUCGAGAGCUUCUUGGGAUUUCUAAAAAACGAGUCGCGACCAUCCGUUCUCCUUAACUCCUCGGUGUUUUGUUCCCGUUGUAUUUUCCUGUGGGUGCAUCUUUCCGGUGCACGUGGAUCGGGGUGGAAAAGUGUGUGUUCCGGUUUGUGCGUGGGUGGGAGUCCUGAGAAGGUGCUUUCUUGUUGUUUUUCUCUCCGACCGGAUAAAUAAAACCAAAAGCAGGAGCAGCAGCAGUUGUUUGUGAUAUAUUUCUCGCAACGUGCUACACUAUACGUGAAUGGUAAAAAAUAGUGCAGAAAAUCUUACUUCUGGAAUCGUAGGGGGGCUCCGUGUUUUUCAAGAGAACAAAAAAAUAAAUAACAGACGCACUCCCACAGCCUACUUGGGGGUGUUUUGUUCCAUCAGUCAGUCAUUCGAACCUUCAAGCCGUCAUCAUAACCAUCAUCGUCAUCAUCGAAAGCACACGGCGGCAUUUUUAUUGCGAGCCGCCUAGGCUGGAAAGGUGCCUCAUGUACCACGGUUCGGCCUACUACGGUCCAGUUCCGUACAUACGAAAGUUUCUAUAAUCGCGACGCGGCGUCGACGUGGGUGGAAGGGAAUAUCAUAAAAUCAAUAAAAUAAUCAUAAAAGUGAGGCUAUAUGUACUACCACGACCAAUAAUAAUAACAACAUCAACAACAGCAGCAACAUCAACAACAACCAACUAGCAGCAGAGCGCAUUGAGAAAGAGAAGAGCUUACGGAGCCGGAAGUGAAGUGUGUGUUCGUUGUUGAGUUGCGGAGCACAAAACAUAAAAGCAACAACGAUAACAACAGCUGCAACAAGAAUAAAAAAUCACAACAACAAUAGGCCAUCGGUUGCGUCUUUAUGGAGCUGAAUGUCUGCCUUCCUUUCAAGGGGAGGGUGUAAAGUGGAAGCCAGAAAACAUCGCCCAAGAGUGAGAUGAAACAAGUGUGUGAAGAAGGAAACUAAGAGAAUAAAAAGUGAAUAAAAGAGAAUAGUGAAGGGUGAAAAGUGCACACACCCCUGCACGUACAUACACACACAAAUACACAAGCCGAAGUGGGAAAAGUGUAUCGUUGCUUUUGGGGUUUUCCACCACGACGAGUAGUGACAAAAGGCGAAGAAUAAGCGCGCUUAAAGAAGCUGCCUCACAUACGAGAUUCAGCAACAACUGAAGACGAAGAAUACCUACCAGAAUACAAUAAGAAAGUGUCCUGGCCUCGCCGAAGACGCCGAGGACCACCCCGAGAAGAGCAAGUGCCACAUUAAAUAUUUCAGGAGCAAGGGGUUGUUGCCGAAAGUGCGCUACCCAACUACUAGUUAUUUGUUAUUUUUUCGGGCUUUUUUCUGUGAUUCCGUGUUGCGGGCAGUCAUCGGAAUAAUUCCCGGUCCGUCGGAAAGGGAAACGGAAGGUUGUACAUUUUUCAAAAACCGGCCUCUUAAAUAUCUUGGAUACGAAAUCCUAUUUUUAUCAACCUGCUGCUGGCAGUAUUACGCCGUUGCUGAGGCGUCCGCGUGUAACAAGUGUUUAAUCCAUCGAGUGUGAGACAACAAUUUUUUUUCAACGGAUCAGAAGACUAAAACUGCGACGAGUGACGAGCAGAGAAGGCAGGGUACAUUUCCCAUUUGGCCCCAUCGCACAAACAUUUGGAUGGGGAUGUUGCGGUCUACCGUCCGGUCGUCCGCUCUCGUUGUUGUCCUCGUCGUCGUCGUCUUCGUCAACUUAAUUGUCGUCGCUGCUGUUGCCACCUCAAGCAAUUCUAGUGAUAGCAGUUCUUUUCCGGUUCAACCGUGUCCGUGUCAGUGUAGCAGUAUUAGCAGGUUGCUGGAAGCCGGAACCUGCUGCAGGUCCAUCGAGGGGCUGAGCGUUACCGUUAACAAUAAUGAGGAGCAGUAGCUCGGAACUUCUGCUCGAGCAACAGGCAGAAGAGCUACGCAAGAAGAAGCUGCUGGAGCUAGCGGCUGCCAAAAAGGCCAAAAAUGGUCCUCCCCCGAAGAGGACGCUGCGCGAGAAUGCCAGCUUCUACACGACUUCCAGUUUGGCGUUCCUGUCGGUGACCGCGGGGGCGUCGCUCCUGUUCCUGGUUCCUCUCUAUGUCGAUCCGGCCAUCUCGACGCUGGUCGGCGACUUUGUCGAGCGGCCUACGAUGUGCGUCACGACGCGACGCGAAGAUAUGACGGGCCUUUUCAAUUGCUCGUGGAGUUCCUGCCGGGAAGGUUGCACCUCGGAUGUGUUCAAGUGUACUCAUAUCUAUGUGACGUUUAUCGACGAUCUGAACUUUACCUUUCCUUUCAAUGCGACGCCCUCGGAGUUGUUCAAUCUGACCGACAUCGAGCGAUCGGAAGAGGCCAUCCUGUUGGUGAACAUCAAGGGCUGCGGCUAUCCGCCCACGAUCAAGUGCAAAAACUUCACCGACAUGUACGGCUUCGAGGGCGCCGUCUUUCCGUGCUACUACUCGAAACAGAACAAAACGGUCGUAAUGACCUCCUACAAUCGGGAGGAUCAGGUGCAAACCAUCAUACACUUUUUCGUGAUUCCAUUCAUCGUGACGGUCGUAUCGUCGGUGUUACUCUGCAUAAUGCACUGUGAUUGUAGAUGUAAGAAGGAGCGGCGACGCCGACAUCGGCACCGGAGGCCUAGGAUAGAGAAUCUGAGCGAUUCAUCGAUAUCGACCCGGGUGGACAUGCUGACGCCCGCGAUCGAAGUCUACAAACCGCCCCUCUGACACAAGGACGACACCCUGGAGAGCAACCUGGGCAACCCGUCGACGAGCAGCGAUCUAUGACGAGAUGACUGGCUGCCUUCCUGGCUGAUGCCAUUACCAUCACCAUCACCAUUCUCGUCUUGCUCGCCGGCGGAAGCUGUGUCGGUUCAGGUGUUGCCGGUAAUGCUGCGGUGUGGUUUCGGAUGUUGCUGUUGGUGAAUUGUGCGUGGGCCGGAUGCCGGAUUCCAUCUGAACCCCCACAAUAAUCACACCACCACGUUGGUGAAGUUUCAGUGUUUCAGUGUGUGCAGUUAUCCUUUUGAGGGGAUAUCAACCGGAUGUGCUUAGAGUUCUACAAAUGACCUGUGGACCCGAUAAAGAGGCCAACGUCGUCGGCCGGAACAAUAUCGUCGUGCAGACACAUACGGUGUUCAUGUUAGUGCCGUUCGGACGGAAAUGGCGGCAACGCGUGGUCGAGCCUUUUUUGGGAAUGACGGCAUGGCGUAAGACUUCCGGAGGUCAAGCCGAAAAAUGAACUAGGUCGUCGUGCGAAAAUGGGAAUGUUUAUGUAUAUUAGGGUGGCCCCUAGCUAUAGAAAUGUUUUUAAAAGAUAAAUUUUUACAGAUCUCAACACCAAGGUUGCCGAAAUCACAGAAAAAUCUAUAAUUUCACAGAAUUUUGAGCCACAGAAUCUGUGUCACAGAACACAGAAUUUUUGAAAUAUUCACAUAUUUUACAGAAUUUUAAAAUUUUGGACGUUUUUUUCAAAAUUAAAAUUUUUAUGUCUAUAUAAAUUUUGGAUAUUUAUGUUUCAAUUGGAAAAAGUAUGAUAAAAUUGGUAAUGUGAAUUGAUUUUUUCCUAGAUAAAAUGUCAAAAAGACGCAAUUUGACAUGACUUUUGAAUGAAAUUAAUGGAAAAAGCAUCACAGAAAACCGUCACAGAAUUUCAGGUUCAAAUCUCAGAAUUCUAGAUUUUUUUUGGUGAAAAACACAGAAUCUUUUUUGGCAAUCUUGAUUGUGAGUAGUGAAAUUUUGGUGUUGGAAAACCUCCAAAUAGCAAAGUGCCACCAUAUUGAACAUUCGUUAUUUUUAAGGCCUUUUUUGUAUCCGGAAACAGAACAGCAGCGCCAAGAUGAGACACCGUAUCGAGGUUAGGAAUUUGUACACACACUUUCAGUAGGACACAUACACACACCAAAUGCUUUGCUCUGAGUAAUAGGAGAAAAUUGUUGUUACCCGAGAAAAAAAACAGAAGUCGAAAAGGUGAGAUUGUUGUCACCGCGCUGAGUCAAAACUGGAAACGAGAAAACGCGCUUUAGCUUUAGAUGUGGGUGGGUGGGUGUCUGGUGAAAAGUGGAAAGGUGUUCAGGUGUCUCAUCGCCGGACGAUGAGCGCCGCCACGUGAUUUGUUAUGAAUGGAGAAGGUUGGCCAAGGAGACUGAAUGGGCGUGUGCUUGUGUGUCUGUGGGUGGGUAGCUUCGUCUCUAUGUGCUGCUAUUAUGAUGUUGAUGACGAUUGUAUGAUGCUGCUGGUUUGACUUCCUGGCCAUUCGGCCAGGGUCGCCGGGGUUGACUUUCCUUGUUCGAGUUAUUUUCGAGGGAGGGAGAUGGUGAGAUGUAGUUUUCGGGACAAUAGCAACGACGACGAUUCAUUCAAAUCCUUAACAAUAGGGGCUGGUCGUCUACGGACCAAACACACAAAAAAAAGAACACGUCUGGUUCGGGCUUCCGGUUGAAUCAAAUGAAUAAAUGAGAAAGAAAGAGAAGAAAAAACCAAGAAACAUUUGUUGCCAUUCAAGGUGUCAAUCAAAAAGGAACCUGCAGCCGUUUUGAAUGAAUGAGCUUAUCAAUUAGUGACACACAGUUGUCGUCGCCAAUGGCAAACUGUGGUGCUAGCAUACGGUAGGUGUUGAUAAUCAACGAAUGAUGAAGCUGAAAAUUCUUGGAAAAAAGUUCGUUGGUAUUCUUUUCAACACACAAAAUAAAGCAAUUUGAUCAAUUUUGAAUGAUAGACUAUUCGAAAUUAAUAAAACAUAUGAAUUCUUGUGAUUUAUAUGCCCAAAUCCCAUCAAACAUUUUCAUCUGCAAAGAAAAUUUUAAAUUAACAAAAUAAGUUGUCCUCAAAUGAAAAUCAUUUACUCAUUCCAGUAACACAUUGUACAGUAUGCCCCAUAUAAAAAUGUGAAAAUCGGGCAUCAAGGUUCAAAACUAUUAUUCUUGAUAUAAUGGUUAAGAAAUAAAACUCGAUAUGUCCACUUUCGUUUUCAACUACUCACUCCAGGUGAGAUCUGACUCGGGAGUAUACCUUCUCAAUAUAAGCCUCUUUAAGGGUGCUUAAUCGGAAUAGCGCACGGCACCCUUUCAAAUAAACGAAUUUCAAAUCAAAAUCAAUAUAAGCCUCUGACAUUGAAGCCUACGCCUCAGAGAUCGAAACCUACAGAGAAUCGAAACUUGGUUGAAAGGAUCGAUAGGCCUUUGCUUGAACAUACGCCCAUAUGAAAUAGUCGAGAGCAGUGUCCCAAUUUUCAGUUUCAAUUUUCGAAAAGCUGUCAAAUGAAAGUAAAAAACUUUUGACUGUAAAUUCAUCUCAGUGAAGUUCAUUCGAAACUGGCUGGUGUUUCCGAUGAAUAUAAAAAGGUUGGCUUUCAACAAAAAUUGUACAAUUGUUCAUUUUCAUUUGAAAUUUAGUUUUUCAUUUUCACACGAAAAUGAGAUUUUUUUUUUAUUUUAUACAUGUUUCAUAUUGAAAAAGCAUCUUAAUUUUUUUCCCUAAUCUUAUUAACAAUGAAAGGACCUAAAAGAAAUAAAAUAGUGAAACUAAUAUUUUUUGGUUUUCCUUUUUGAAAUUUUAUCAGAAGUUUGGACUCAUAUCUAUUUCAAUAACUUUUCAUGUGGUUUAACUAAUAUUUUAAUUUCUAAAUAAACCACUUUUCAUCAGUUCAUUAAUAUUGGUAAUGUAAGCUUUAAUAAAAAUGCUUAUUAGGACACAUGCUUACAUAAACAUCAAAACCAAAAAACCGCGCAAUUUUGAUUCUCAGACAAGGUUUUUAAAACUCAGUAAGCAUUGGAAAAUUGGAUUUCAUAAAAGUCAAAUUUCAGUAAGUUAAAGAACAAACAACUGAAAAUUUUCAAUUCACUUCGAAAAUCACUCAAAACGGUUUCGUAUGAAAAAAGUUUGUUUUCAUUUGACAGUACUACAGGUAGCAUUGACAAUCCAGAGUGCUGUCGGUUUUCUUGAAAUGAAUGAACACUGAAAGACUUUCAUUGUAGUAUGAAAGUCCAAAGUUUUCUUUCGACAGGCUGUAAAGCUUUUAGAGACUGAGCUUCUAUAAGCAUCAAGUUUCAUUUGAUUGAAUGAAAAAUGGUGACCCUGUUCAAGAGAGUUUGAAUCCGUACUGUUCGACGGCCAAAGAUCCUUCGUCCAUAAAUUCGUAUUUUCCUUCAGCCAUGUUUGAGUCCGUUUUGAGGUAUGACAUGGACUCCAUAUUCUUGGUACACAACAUUCUCGACUUCACUUACUGGAUUCCACUUCACGUUUGUCUUGACCAAUUUCUCCACUUCAAAAGUGAGUGCAGGCUAAGGAUUUUUAAUACACUAGGUUCUCCAACUUUCACAGUAAGUAGGCGAGGAGUUAGCGGGGCUCUCAAUGAGUUUGUUUAUUUUUUGCUCAGCUUUUCUGUGGUUUGUUAGUAAACAAACUUCAUGAGUUCCGCAUAGUUGUAUAGCCUACAUAGCCAAAAUGGCUGAAUCGGGAAUUCGAUAUUCGGUAACACCUCCUGUAUAUAUACACACCUUGGUGCAGGCCAAUUUAGCUCCCGCUCCACUCGUCAAAGACGUCCUACAUCACUCUGGUGGUCUCACUCGGUGCCGCUAGGUUAUAAACUCCCAUUGAGAAAACCUCUUACUAUUAUGAUUUCAAGAACAUGGAUUCCGAGGCUAUAUUGCGCGUUCUGGAAUCCAUCGAAUGGGAAGUCGAGCUCGAUCUUUAUGAUCCCAACGCAGCUGCAGAGACAUUUAUGAAUAUCCUUAAUUACACCAUCGAUCACCAUGUGCCGAAACGUAGCGUAGGUGCUUAUCUGCGGGCUCCGUGGGUCACUAAAGAACUGCGGCAACUGAAGACAGCUAAAAAACGUGCCCUUCGUAACUAUAACAAGCACAAGUCGCUCUACGCUCAGAACGAAUAUCGCAAACUGAACUCGACUUAUAAAAAGACCAGUAAGCUCUGCUACCAGAAUUAUCUUAAUCGGCUCCAGCAAAACUUCAAGACCAGUCCGAAAAAAUUUUGGAAGCACGUAAAAAAUCAGCGGAAAGCAACAGGGCUCCCGUCCCACAUGUUUCUGGACAACAACACAGCUGCUUCCGACCCCGAAAUUUGUGAGCUCUUCGCCGGGAAAUUCUCAAGCGUUUUUACCACCGAGGGCAUUUCUUCGGAGCAACUAGCCAGGGCUGUCCGGAAUAUUUUAUCUCUAGGUUCAUCUUUGAAUGGAUUCCUAAUUGAAGAUGCAGCCAUCUUGAGAGCAACAGCAAAGUUGAAAAAUUCUACCCUUUUUUGAAGCGCUGAACUUUUGCUGACUCCCAUCAAAUAUAUUUUUCAAUCAUCGCUGGACAACGCAAUUUUUCCCUCACUGUGGAAGGAAGCUCAUAUGUUUCCUGUCCAUAAAAAAGGGGACAAGAGAGAUGUUAGCAACUGCCGUGGAUAUCCCACUAUGCUCUAUGCGCGAUAUCCAAACUCUUUGAACUGGUCGUUAUGGAUCCUGUUUUCUCGUUUUGCAAGCCUCACAUUUCCAACGACCAGCAUGGAUUCAUGCCUAAUCGAUGCACAACUACCAACUUACUGAGCUUCACAUCUUUCGUUCAAGACUGCUUUGCCAGGAAGACCCAAACUGACGGCAUUUACACUGAUCUCUCAGCUGAGUUCGACAAGGUGAACCAUGAUAUUGCAAUCGCAAAGCUCGGACGCUUAGGAUUCUGUGGAUCUCUACUGGAUUGGUUCCGGAGUUAUCUAACGGAACGGAAAUUAUCCGUUCGAACAGGCGAAUCCUUUUCCAGGCAAUUCCCUGCCCCCUCAGGAGUACCCCAAGGAAGCCGUUUAGGACCGAUAAUUUUCGUAAUCUACUUCAAUGACGCACUCUCGCUCCUUGAAGGCACAAAACUUGCUCAUGCUGAUGACCUCAAACUUUUUCACGCCAUAAACAACCAAGACGAUAUCGACUUUUUACAGCAGCAAUUUUCCGUAUUUGCUCACUGACAUUAACUGCCUGCCGUUGAACUGCAGCAAAUGCUCGGGUUAAUCAUUUUCCCGUACGCGGCACACUCUUCGUGCGGAGUACACCCUUGGAAGCGGAACCAUCACUCGAGUGGAACACAUCAACGAUCUAGGAGUUAUCCUCGAUCAACAGCUGGAGUACAAGACUCACACGAACUAUGUUGUUGACAAAGCUUCUAGAAACCUUGGAUUCCUGUUUCGCAUGGCCAAAGACUUCAAAGACGUGUACUGCCUUAAGAGUCUUUAUUGCUGCAUAGUUCGUUCCAUUCUCGAGUACGCAUCAGCUGUCUGGUGCCCCGUCUAUCAGAACGGAGCUGAACGAAUCGAGGCUAUCCAGCGGCGCUUCCUGCGGUAUGCCCUACGUCACUUGAAUUGGCACGAUUCGUUUCGUCUGCCAAGCUACGAAAAUCGUUGCCGUCUCAUAGACUUGGACACGCUUCAAGUUCGUAAGAACGCUACUCGAGCUCUGGUUGUGGCUGAUCUGCUGACAUCGAGAAGAGACUCUCCCACGCUGCUGGAGGCUGUCCCUCUCAGUGUACGACCCCGAGGAUUAAGAAAUCAGCAUUUGCAGCUCUACGUUCUCAUUCGUCUGAACAACUAUGGGGCCAACAGCGCUUUUGUCGGAAUCUUAAAAACUUUUAAUCGUUUUUCUGCGCAUUUCGACUUUGACGUUUCGAGAAAUGUGUUCCGAAGGAAAAUAUUAUACGUGUCCAGAACUGUGUCGAGUGGAUUUUAAUUUUGAUAAGUAUUUAGGAUUAAGUUAUCAUUUGGAUCAACAUGUGAUCCGUUGAUUUUUUAUACAAAUAAACAAAUACCCGUGGCCUUCUCGCUAACUUUCAGCUACUCAGUUCAGAGUGACGGUUACUCAGUUGUCGCCAAAACCGCACCUACUCAGUUCUGACUAAACGGCUUUUACUCAGAAAUGACUAACAGCCCUUUUCGCGACAACUGAGUCUUGGUUACUCAGAAUGCGCGAAUAAUUCUGAAGCGGUUUUUGGCCGCUUUUUCAUGCUAGAAUAGUUAAAACCUGUAUUAUUAUUCACACUUAUGAUGGAUUUGUUGAUUUGAUAAAUAACAAAAGUAAAAAUAAUGUCCAUACACCUUUAUUUUAAAGAAAAAUCCACAAACUCGUUGAAAUUUUUUUUUCACCCGUCGGGUUUCGUCUCUCGGGCCGGGACCCAGUAUGCCGUACCAGAUUCAGCUUUGGCAAAUUUAUUUGGACCGUCAUCAUUUCGUCUCAGAACCCUGUAAUAUAAAUAAAAUCGGAUUAAUACCUAGAAAUUACCUUUAAAAUGAAUAUUCACCAUGUAAAUUUUCUAGUUUUGCCGCAAAACAAACCAAGUCUGACCACCUCGCACAAACUGAUCAACAUUUACUCAGUUGUCGCCUUCAAGCACUCGAGUUCUCUGAGUGUCGAAUUUUCUGACAUCUGAGUAAUUUUUCCGCUGAUAUCUGAGUUCAUUAAGAUCAGCCGUCGGCUGCUUCAUACACGUGGCGACGUCUGAGUAAAAGGUAGGCGGGCUCUGGGUAUUUCAAAUUUAGAGAGUUCUACUUCCUGGCUUUCGUGAACAUUGUCCAUCAAGUGAAGAAGGUUUUACGCGGUAAACAGUCGCUAGAUGGCAUGAUAAAAUAUUUAAAAAAAAUAGACGAAAUUUGGCGUUUUUUCCUGGGUUUACAUUUUCACGUACUGACAAAAUUUUUCGUGCAGCAUCUAGCUCCAAAGGAUGCCAAAGUGGAAGGCAAUGGUAAAAGUGGCUACAACGCUGCGUGCGUUUGGUCAGGAGGUCCGGGUACCCGGCCAAAUAGUGAAAAUGACUCAGCCGAACAUGGAUAGGAGAUAAUGAGAUACUUGAUUCCUAUUGAUACGUACGGUUUCGGAUGCAUGAAGUAGAACCGUUUUUACGGAUCGGGCCGAUCCAUUAGCGGAACAUAUUAUUUCACCACCACGAAACCAAACUACAUUGAUUUGGUUCCUCUUGCUAUACCCAGUCGCAACCGGGAACAAUAUUAACGCGCCAGCACUAAAUUUUACUUCGAAAGUCCGGACUUCCGACUUCCGAAGACUUCCGACAAAGAAAAAUUAAGUACUAGAAAGUCAGAAGUCUGUGUUUUGUUGCCAGUUCACCAGCGACGUUUCCAAAAAUUUUAUUUGAAUUUACAAUAAAUCAAUGAUUGCUGAUGGCAGGUGAUGAUGAUAAACGCGGUACAAAUGUUUACAUUAUUACACGGUUAAGCAAGACUACUCAAAUUGGGUUCGUGGUAACAUAAAAGUGUUGCCAGAUAUUCUGGGUAAGAGUAUCAAAGUACUCAUUCAGAAAUGAGUACUUUCCCGGUUAGGGAAGAUGAUAAGUGGAGAGUGAAACAACAGCUGUUGCAGCUGCUUUUGGGAAAUUUGUAUGCUAAGAAAAAAAUUAAUCCAAAUGACAUGUUUAUUUUUGUUUAUUGAAAUGUUAAAAAGCUUUAAAAACAGUUUGUAUACACUUAAUUUAACAUGAAUGUUGAUCCACUACGAUUCGGAUCUUCAAAUGUUUUCUUGGAUUCGUCUUGUCAAUCCGGAAUUAUUCAGUGCUGAAAAAAGAAACAAUAUGAAUUAAUAUAAUUUCUGGAAGGAAAGAAUAUAAAUUUUCAACGAAGUUCUUACAAUUUUUUCAUUGUUCAAUUUUACUGGACAAAAAACAACGCUUUGAAUUCUAAAACUUCUAAAACUACUCCCUCUGGUGGGAAUCAAGCUUUUUGAAAUAAGUGGUAAUAUCGAUUCGACAAAAAGGCUCGUUAUUUGGCAGAUCGUAUACGUAUAUCGUAUACGUAUACGUAUAUCUAUAUAGAGGUUAUCAAUAAUGGGCAGAGGUGCCAGGUGUCCUGAUUUAUCAGGAUUUGUCCUGAUUUUUGAGAAACCGUCCUGAUUUUUCAAAAACUCUCGAGUUUUCCUGAUUUUUGAAAAUUUGUCUCUAAAAUGUCCUGUUUUGUCCUGAUUUUCAUAAAAACUUCUUAAAUAUGGUCGAAUUUGUAGUUAAACUAUGAGAAAAUCGAAUUCAUUGGUAAUAAAAUAGUAAAACCCAUUCAACAGGUGAUAAUCUUCGGUUCAGAUGAUAUUUAAAUUGUGAAUUGCGAUAUGAACUGCCGACCAGCUGGUAAGCUGCGUACGUUGCAUAUUACAAGACGUUUACAGCACCUGUAUUGCGCCUUUAUUUAUGCAAUCUAAGCAGAAAUCCAUGUUGUUUUCAUGAAUCAAGAGGUGUCCUGAAAAAUCCUGAUUUUUAACUUCACGUUGUCCUGAUUUUUGACGACACCACCUGGCACCCCUGAUAACGGGUCAAUUUUACGCCUUUAAGGGGUAGCCAAAAGAUAGCGUGUGUACUAUACUGCAUUGCACAUUGUUUACGUCAAUUGACAGAUGAAGGUUAGAGCUGCACUCACAAAAAAUACCCUCAAUAAUCGCCAAAAACAACCCAAAACAGAAAGCUGAAAAUGAUCAUACUGUUAUACAUCCGUUGCUCAAAAAAAUAAUGUUAAAAAUUAUGUAUUCAACGCAGGUUUCAGUGGUGGAAUAGAGUUAAUCUUUAUUCAGUUUUGUUCGUCUAGUCACUAUAUUACAUAAGCGAUAGCCGUUAACAUUGUUACACUGAAGUAAUAUCCUCACUUAUUAGUGUUCUCAAUUAUGUGUGAUAUUCUAAGCUGACGACUCACAAUAUCAGAGUUGAUUGAAUAUUUUCGCUUUAUCGUGUGAUGACACAAACAUUUGUACUGAGUUUACAAUCAUCAGCUGUCAUCAGUAAUCAUCAAUUCUAUCGUUCGCAAUUGCGAAUUACAUGGAACACGUGGGAACCAAAACAAAUUUUUUUUUGUUUUGUUGACUUGCUAUUGUCAAUAUAUUUUUAGGGAUAAAUAGGAAGAAAUACCUUUGGGGCUGUUCAUAAAUAACGUAAUGCUCAUGGGGAUUGAAACCUUGAAUUAGACGUUAAAUCAUGUUCUCGGCACCUAUAUGCAUGCCCUGUCGUGAGCACAAAUGUGUAUUGGUGUGCCAACACAAAACUAAUAGGGAUGUUUUCAGAGAGGAUUUUUUAAAAAAUACCUACCCAGCAAACAUUUGUGUAGCUAUAAUCCUAUGCUUUUUUUUAUAUACGUUCCGUAUACAUUGUAGAAUGAUCGUAUGCAAGUAACAAAAGUAGCUUUUUCCUACGAAAGUGGAGGCAAUAUACAUACAUAAAUUUCCCUUCUUUCUAAAGCAAUGAAAACUACACCAAUUAGGCGCUAUCCAACACCUUAUUCGUACCUAUCGGAAAAAUGCAACAGAGCGCAUUCUUUUGCUCUCAAAGUCUUCGAAUCGACAUCUGGGCUAGUAUUUUAAUGAAACUACCCCACAGCAGGACCAAUUACACAUAUGAACAAUAGGUGUCAGUAUUUUGACUGAUUCUUUUAAAAGGAUUUUUGACGGUCGCCAUGUAAAUAGGAGGGGCGCCUUUCACACCAUGCACAAUCUUUUUCGUUUCAAAGCUAUUUAUGUACUAAACGCUGUACUGAAUCUCAAAAGCUUUGAUACCUGGAAGGUUUGUAUGAUUUGUUGAUUUUGAUAAAAGAGAAAGCAAAUAAUGAUGAAUUAUCAAGAUAAUUCGAGUCCGACGUUUCAAACGAUAAUUUAGCAUGUCUUUCUGUUGUCAAACAUCGAAAAAUAGGGUAAUUUUUUUCAAACAAUUCUAUUGAAAAUUUCGAAACGUUGGCUAUUGUAGAUCUUGGGAUUUGUAAUUGAGGCCCUCAGAAUCAAAGGGAGAAAAGUGGCGAAAUGCUUGAUUAAAGAAAUUUCAAUUUAUUUCAAUUCAAUAAUUAAAGCGAAAAUGUGUUAAUUUUUUUAUAAAUCUGAGUUUUGUACCAGAUAUAGAUCAAAAUAAGAAGAA